UGCAAUCUGAAUAUUCAAAGUUCAUUCAAGAGUAUGCAGAAUUGGGACAUCUCUCAAAAUCAGAAGUCACCAAACCAUACUCUAGCUAUUCUUUAUUGAAGCGAAAACGAGGUGAGAGUUUAGUUAAUGUAAAUUUAAAGUAAGUAACAAAGAGUAGGUGGACGAAUUGACGCCUAUCAUUAUUCGUUCGAAAAGAAGCAUCCAAUACUGUUGCACGCUUCUAAUCACUUAACCAAGUAAAUUUUCCAACGAGAACAUUUACGUAACUUUCAUGCAGGUCCGCAAUUACUAUUGGCCACAGUGCGCGAAACCAUCUGGCCAGUCAAUGGUAGAUACUUAGCCAGGCGCACUCACAACAAAUGUGUUCGAUGCAAACGCAUCCAGGGUAAAACUUUGUGCCCUAAAAUGGGUAAUUUACCACCCCAACGCCUUAAUCCUGACUUUCCAUUUUUGUCCGUUGGGUUGGACUUUGCUGGUCCAUUCUAUAUUUUGAAUCGUAAAGGCCGUGGCAGCCGAUUGAUAAAAUGUUAUUUGUGCUUAUUUGUUUGCCUACGAUUUAAAUGCAUACAUUUAGAGUGUGUUAGCGAUUUAUCUAAGGAAUCUUUUGUUAUGACUUUAAAACGGUUUAUAGCACGGAGAGGAAAGCCAAUUGAAAUAUUCUGCGACAACGGCCGCAAUUUUGUAGCUGCUGCUAAAGACGUAGGUGAUUUUAUAAAAAAUAACACAGAACCUCUAUCUGGCUUUGCAAGUCAAGAAGGUAUUAAAUUCAUUUUUACUCCAACUUACGCUCCUCACUUUGGCGGCAUCUGGGAGGCCGGGGUAAAAGCUGCAAAAUAUCAUGCAAAACGUGUAAUCGGCAAUAGUCACCUCACAUUUGAGGAAAUCACAACCUUGUUUGCCCAAAUAGAGUCAAUAUUAAACAGUCGUCCUUUGUAUCCUCUAUCAUCAUCUCCCAACUACCUCCUUUCCCUAACUCCGGGGCACUUUCUUAUUGGAAGACCUCUAACGUCGAUACCAUCAGCAAAUCUAAAAAACGCAAAAGAACACUCACUGAAGAGGUUUGCACGGCUAGAACAGAUUCAUCAGCACUUCUGGAGGCGCUGGUCCAAAGAAUACAUAGCAGAGUUACAGCAACGAAUCAAAUGGCGGAAUGACACCUCUAGACUAAAUGUAGGAGAUCUGGUCUUGCUGCAAGAAGACAACACCCCUCCCUUGAACUGGAGACUUGGGCGUGUUACCAGACUAUUCCCUGGCGCAGACGGUGUAUCAAGAGUGGCCGACGUCAACACAACAAGAGGAAGUGUACGGAGACCCCUAAUUCGUCUGUGCCCUCUACUUACCAGCGUUGAUAUCACGGGUUAAAACUUCCGUUUUAACGAGGCGGGAAGAUGUUGAGGCGUUCAGCCUCCUUGCUCCAAUCUGUGCGCGACGCGGCGUUUUAUUUUUAAUUAGUUUAGAACUUCUUUUGUUCUCUCUUGCUUUUGUCGUCGUACUGAACUGUCAUGGUUUCAAUAUAUUUGUAAAACCGUAAAAGAAAGCGUUUUAAUUAAAUGGCACCAUGUUCUAC